CAUUCUACCCAAAAGUCCAUACCCAGACCCUCGCAAAUGCCUUAUGAUAGAUGGAGCUCUAAAAUUACAAAAUACUUGCCACAUAUUUCAGUUUCGUUUCGAACAUCUUGCGGUCACUUGACUCGGCUCCUCCUUUGACCAAAAUAUUCCCAUUAGUGAAACCUCAUAAUCGCUUCAUCUCGGCGUUUUCCAUUUGCAUUUCGGUUACAGUUUUCCCAACUAUUUCCGAAACGAGCCAAACUUUGAAACCCCCAUUUCGAAUAGAAUUUUAUUUGCUAGUCUCUUGGCCCAGCUUUCGGGCCAACCCACAUCAAGUGGAGCGAUUCUCUGCGCCUGUCCGCCCCGAAUGCUGUUAAUUAAAUCGAAGACAACUCAAGUCGCCUCAUUUCGGGGGUGUUUUCCGGAAAAUCCUUCAGGGAAAUUAGCCACAGUCAAAAGUCAUUGCGUUGAUUACUUUUUGAAAAUGACGCGAGCAAUUUUCCACCCGAAAACUUUAAUUGUUUUAGCUGGUAAGCUGGGAAGAAGGAAGGGGGAGAACUGGGAAGACGGGGUCGAAGGACGUUACCCUGGACUCGUCUGGACGCAUUUAAAUGUGAAUUAAUUGCCGGGCUGCGCUGCAUAUAUGAGGCACAGGAUUUAUGUCCGCCCGAUGAGUCGGCAGUCGGGCAGGUUGAGGUCUGGGGUCUGAGCUCUGGAGUUCCGAAGUCUGAGGUCCAGGUCCAGUCAUGUUGGUGCCAUUAAGCGCUCCCUGGAAUUUUUAUGACCUCCGCACUCAUCUCAUCUCAUUGUGUUCCCCAUUUCGCAGGUCCACGAGCGCGAAAGCCCAAGAAGCCGGCGACGUCCAGCGCGGCGGCAGGUGUCGGCGGAGGGGGCGGGGGCGUCGAGAAGGGGGAGGCCGCCGAUGGGGGCGGGGUGCCCGAGGACAAGAGGCCGCGAACGGCCUUCAGCGGUACGCAGCUGGCCAGACUGAAGCACGAGUUCAACGAGAAUCGGUAUCUGACGGAGAAGCGUCGCCAGCAGCUGAGCGGGGAACUGGGUCUGAACGAGGCCCAGAUCAAGAUCUGGUUCCAGAACAAGCGGGCCAAGCUGAAAAAGUCGAGUGGCACCAAGAACCCACUGGCGCUGCAGCUGAUGGCCCAGGGAUUGUACAACCACUCGACGAUACCGCUGACCCGCGAGGAGGAGGAGCUCCAGGAGCUGCAGGAAGCGGCCAGCGCCGCGGCCUCGAAGGAGCCCUGCUAGAAGAGAUGCGGGGCUGCCGGCAAUAUCUACGAUCUAGUAUUUAUGGAGUAGCGUGUAAGGCUAGCUAUAGGAGUUCCUAGCGAUUAAGUUGUACAAUAUUCUAGUCCAUCGCGCACGCAGCCGGCAGAAUCGCCAGAAUCAGCCGAAGAAAUCGCCCGAGGAAUUGCCCUCCCCGCAGAAGGCAGCCCCCGGAGUAACGUAACGGUUGCGAGUGCGUUUUGUAUAAUAGAUUAAUAAAUUCACAACUAAAUAAUUUAAUAAACAUUUAA